GGAUCCGCUUCGGAUAUUAUCGCUCGCCAGACGUAAUUGUAGGGCAUAGUUCACUUCCGCAUUCCAACGCAACGGUGUAAACAAAUAUGGAAGACUUCAAUAGUUAUCAAGUCCCAGCGUUAAAACAUUACUUAAGUACGAAAGGCAUAACGACAUCCAUGUACAGAAAAGCUCAUUUGAUAAAACUGUGUGAACUGGCAAGAGAAAUAGACCUAGAAGAUAUAGAAACUAAAGAUGAUUACGUGGAUAUGGAUGUUCGUCGUAGAACGUUCGGAGACCUCAUCUUGCCCAGCAUAAGCGAGGUACAAUUUAAGUCAGUUUUUUAUGGGGAUAAUCAUAUUUAUCUCAAAUUUAUAUCAUAUACAACAAUAAGUAAAUUAAAUAAAUAUAAAGUUACAGCAAAUUAGAGGGUAAGAGAGGCAUGAACCUUGCCAACAUGAAAUAUAUGUAAUGAGAUUUUAUAAUAUCCAGAAUUUUAUUUGGAGUAUUACAACAUUUUCAGGUUAAAUUAUGUGAUUGGAAUGGAGAUCUAAAGAAUGUUCCAGAUAUAGACAUUGCCGAUGUUUUUGUGCAUUUGAUUAACAUUGGUUGGGAUCAGAAUCGCCUUCAUUUGUACAAAGAAGACAGGGGCUAUCUAUUAUAUCAGAACAAUCAUGUUGACAGUGUUCGAGUGUGCUUAUUGGAUUCAGAAUAUUCUUAUAUUAUGUGUAACACGAUGCCAGAAACCCUUCAAUCUGAGUACCCUUACAGGACAUGGCUACUGGUAAACGCUGAUGGCUAUAUCAUAUCAGGUGGCUGCUCCUGUGUUGCGGAUGAUGGUUCUUGCAAGCACUGCACAGCCCUGUCAUUUGCUCUUGCAGCUUUUUGCGACCGCCAUAAGGACAGGCAUACAGAGGUGGGAACCGAUGUGAAGUGUGUUUGGGACAAGCCCCGUAAGGAAAGCAAGCCUUGUCGCGUUAAGGAAAUUUGCAUCUCCCACAGGAAAGUUCCACUCAUACCAAAGAGGACUACCAGCCAUGCCCUACUCUUACCAGUGACAUUAACAGAGAAGUCGAAAAAGAACUGUAUACAAUGUGUAAAGGUACGGAUGCUCUUCUAUUACACACAUUAGACCCCCAUUCAGAUGAGGAGGAAGAUCUUCAUGAAGAUCCGCCUGAUAUGGUAGCUGCUUUGACGCACACAAUUCAGACUGGAGAAUCCUUGAUAGGUUAUUUAAGAAAUGUGUAUAACUCUGAUAUUAUUCAGGAAGUUGAGCAGAUCACUUGUGGUCAAAGUGAAAAUGAAUUAUGGUACAAAUACAGGUAUGGUAGAAUAACAUCUUCCUUGUUUUCAAAAGUAUGCCAUUUUAGAGGGGGGAGUCAUGAUAAUUACAUCACACGUGAAAUUCUAAAUGAUAACUCCAAUGCCUUAAACACAGAUGCAGUAAGGUAUGGAAGACAGAAUGAAAUUGUAGCUAAACAAUUGUUUUUUGACAUGUAUGCUCGUGAUCAUGUAAAUGCAAAAAUGAGACCUUGUGGCUUAAACAUAUCUCAGCAACAUCCAUUUUUAGGUGCAUCACCAGAUGCAUAUUUGUCAAGCAAAUGUUGUGGGAAAGGUUUAAUUGAGGUAAAAUGCUCCUACUCCCACAGAAAUGAAACACCGUAUGAUGUAGCAGGUGACCGUCAUUAUCAUUUGUAUAGAGACACUAAUGAUGUUGUCAAACUUAGAGCAGAUUCACCAUGGUAUGUGCAGAUUCAAGG